UCCAAGGGCGGUUGGCCCGCCACGGCCACGGUCACUCGGCCGUUCGGAGCUGCGGGGCGCACGGGGUUGAGAGAACCGGCUCUAGGGUUCGGGCUGGGGCCCGAAGAAACGUUUUCUGGGGCGCACCGGACCCGGGAGUGAGGGAGGACAAGAAACGCCCCCAACUUGAUGUUUUGAUUCUGCUAUCUGGACUCGCAAGGCUUGGACCGACCCUAAAGCCUGUGGCCCUGAAGACGUGGGCUUUUGGAUAGCCCAUGUGCAGGCGCUGCACCCCAACACCUAUCCAGGAAAACUAAGGACUUCUGGCGUGGUUGUUGCCAAUCUGACCGUUCUCUACAAGGCGGGGCUGGGAAAGAAGCCGAGGGAGCUUGGAGAAGCGUCCUGAGUUGCCAUGGAAACAAAACCCGGCAGCAGAGGUCGCCCUGGCCUAAAGGAGUCCGUUGAAAUUUGCCCUCAGGGAUUACUGGUGUUCACGGGAUCUUCAGAACAGGACUCCAACUUGGCCAAACAGUUCUGGGUGGCCGCAUCGAUGUAUCCCACCAACGAAUCUCAGUUGGUGCUGUCCAGAGGUAGCAGUCAGCGUCUGCCGGUGGCCAGGGCCUCCAGGGGCGGUGCAACUGAGAGUCCAGACAUCACUGCUGAAACCCUAAAGACUCAGCAAUCUGAGGAGAAAGAAAAGUAUCUCCAAAAGGCUAAAAGGAGAGAUGAGAUUCUCCAACUCUUAAGAAAACAAAGAGAAGAAAGGAUCUCGAAAGAGCUGGUUUCCCUUCCUUACAAGCCAAAGGCCAAAGGACACAAAGCAAAGAAAGUGAUACCAGAGUCAGACAAGGAAGACCAACAGGAAGUCAAAGCCUUGGACUAACUUGAUGGACAAAUGGGAGAGGAUGGCUCACAUAGAUCUUUACUUUUGAAACAACCUUCUCUUAAGUCAGGAUCAUUCGGAUCACCUUGUUAAGAUAGACAAAGAAAUCAAAGUUAAAUACGCAGGCUUCUA